CGCAAACAGUGUCUCACUAUUUGUCGCACUAUUUAUGCCUCAAAAUCAGCACAAAAUCAAUGCUUUAAUCGUUUUGUCACUACUUUUGGACACAAUUUGUUUGACUGCCGAAGACAACACAUCCCGAGCCGAUCACCGCCACUGCGCCGACCACUAGGAGGACCACCACUACCACCGCCACCACAACCAUCACUACCACCACUGCAACGAUGGCCGCAGUGCUCACCGAUGAGACCAAACACAAGACAACGGCCGCCGACGAGGAGGCGGACGACGCCAACGAAGAGCUCAUUGACGACCAAAACGGCGAUCACUUGACGGACGCCAAGAAGAAGAGGAACCGCAAGAAGAAGAAAAAGGCGACGAAAGCGGCGGAAGAGGUCUUAAGCGAGUCGAUGACCGGUCUGGCGGUCAAUGGCGGCGCCAAAGACGUGGCCAACGGAGCGGCCAAUGAGGACACGGAGCCGAUGGGCGGCGACAACGACGAGGCGGCGGACGACGCGUCGACUCAACAGAAGUCGAAGAAGAAGAAGAAGAGUAAAGCGAAGGCGUCGUCAGCGACGGGACAGUCGACCGAUGCGGGCGCCGGCGGCUCUUCAGGCAAACAGCAGACGAAUCCGCCGACGAUUCCCAUCGCAGACCUCUUCCCCGACACGAACUUCCCGGUGGGACAGGAGAUGGCGCACCCAAUCCCUGUGGACAGCCGCACCGCUCAGAACCGGAUGACUUCGGCCGAGAAGCGAGCGCUGGAUUCGGCGAGCGUUGAGAUCUAUAAGGAGUUACGACUGGCGGCCGAAGCGCACCGACAGACGAGGAAAUACAUGCAGACAGUCAUCAAACCCGGGCUAACGAUGAUUGAGAUCUGGUAUACAAUGCGCCGGUCGCUCAAGACCGAAACACUGGAGGAGACGGCGCGCAAACUGAUCGGCGAGAACGGGCUGUCGGCGGGUCUGGCGUUCCCGACGGGCUGUUCGCUCAACCACUGCGCCGCGCACUACACGCCCAACGCGGGCGACCCGACUGUCCUCCAGUACGACGACGUCUGCAAAAUAGAUUUCGGGACUCAUAUCAACGGCCGGAUCAUUGACUGCGCCUUCACUGUCGCCUUCGACCACAAGUACGACAAACUGCUGGAAGCGGUGAGGGAUGCGACCAAUACGGGCAUCAGAGAGGCCGGCAUUGACGUGAGGCUGUGCGAUGUGGGCGAAGCCAUUCAGGAGGUCAUGGAGUCCUAUGAGGUGGAGAUCGACGGCAAAGUGUAUCCAGUGAAGUCCAUUCGCAAUCUGAACGGCCAUUCCAUCGGUCCCUACAGAAUACACGCGGGAAAGACUGUUCCCAUUGUGAAGGGCGGCGAACAGACCAAAAUGGAGGAAGGCGAGUUCUAUGCCAUUGAGACGUUCGGGAGCACCGGUAAGGGCUACGUUCACGACGACAUGGAGACCUCGCACUACAUGAAGAACUUCGAUGUGGGACAUGUGCCGCUCCGUUUGGCGAAAUCCAAACAACUCCUGAAUGUCAUUAACCAGAGCUUCAGUACUCUGGCGUUCUGUCGGCGAUGGUUAGACCGUUUAGGACAGACCCGAUACCUCAUGGCCCUCAAAGACCUGUGCGAGAAGGGCAUAGUAGCCCCCUAUCCGCCCCUUUGCGACCAAAAGGGCUGUUUUACGGCUCAGUUCGAGCACACGAUCCUCUUGAGACCCACCGUCAAGGAAGUGGUCAGUCGUGGCGAUGACUACUGAGGAGAGGGUCGGCCAUCGAAGCGCUGUUUUGAUUACACUUUUGUUUUGAGAGAAAGUAUUGAAACGAAAACUUUUAGAUUAAACUCAAUAUUCUUGUGGUUAUGCUUAGGAUGUCGUGAAUAAUACAAUAAAAAUAUACGACUUUUGCAAACAUUCGGGCCU